AUGGACCAGCGCAAUGCCCCGUACGGCAUGCUCACUGGCCGCGAGGGGCUCCCAGGGGGCAUGCCUCCACAACAGCCGCAGCAACAGCAGCGUGUGUCUCAGCAGCAACAACAACAACAGCACUACAGUAUGCAGGAUAUGAUAUUCGACCCGCUGCCUAUGGGCAAUGGCAUGUACCACCAACCCGCUCCUGUGGGUGGCCACCUGAUGCACCCGCACCAGCAGCCUGGGACCCGUGCAGGAGGAAUGCAAGUCUUUGGGAGUUCGAUGGCCCAACAGAGCAUGGUGACGCCCGAGGAUGACCUGGACGACCUCAUGAGUGCCCUGGGCGAUUCCGUCGGCAUGAACGCCCAGCAGCAGAACGUGGGCGGCCACAUGCCAAGUCACGUCUACGACCACAUGCAGCCCCGUUCGCUCGUGCUGCACCCUGGGAGUUCCCAAGGCUUGCCCAUGUCUACGCAGAUGCAGUCGAUGCAGCAAGGCAUGGGGAGCCAAUCCAUGCACAUGAAUCAAAUGCCUUCGAACGACAUUGGAGCUGCUGCGCGGAUGGGGGUGGGGAUGCACCAGCAACCGAACGUCAGUGCGCCGUCGUUGGGAGGUAUUGCUGGCCUGGGUGCUAAUAUCCAGGCCCCUAUUGCUUCUCGACAACAGGCUCCUACUGCAAUUGUACCGGCGUUGGCGACGCCCAAGUUUUCAGACAGCUCACGAACUUUGACGACGUCAAGUAACAAUGGAGGAAGCAGUGAUGAGGAUGCUGGAAUGGGCGAAGGAGAUGUCCAGAAGAAGAAGGAGCGACGACGUCAGCAGGUUCGGUAUGCGUCACGUCGCCGUCGCAAGAAACAGAAAGACGAGGAGAGUUUUUUGCGGGAUCGGAUCGCAGAGCUCAAGGAACAGAUUCGGAUCAUUGGCGGAGACCUGACCGAGCAGUGCUCUCAAAUGGCCGGUAUGAGUGAACAAGCGUUGACGGAAGCGUACGAGAAGCAGAUGGUGACGGUGCAGACGCUGCGCAAGGACAACAACAAGCUGAAAGAGCAGCUUUUACAACACGAGAACUUUGCUCGCAUGAUCCAGUACGGUCUGAACGCGUUGCCAAGCGACUGCCGCGAUGUGGACCGCAAGAAGAUCGCUGGUGUCCCGAUGUGGAUCAGUGACCAGAUGAACCCUUUGAAGGGGCCGACGUUGGUGGUGGAUCUGAACUUGUGUCACGAAGCUGUACGUCACGCAUACAACGAGCUCAAGACGUUUGGUCCGACUGUGAACUCGAAGACAAACGUAUGCUACGCGAUGGGCUGGAAGACCGAGUUAUGGGCUGCAAGCACAUGCUUGAACUUCCGAGCUGUCCGCUCGAUCAGCGACAAGAACAUUCGCGAAGUUGCGAAUGCAUCAUGGGACAUCAUCACGUGCCCGGAGAAAUUCAAGCGCAUUUACCCGGACGUCAAGCAGUUUCGCAUCUUGCAAAAGGUGACGGACGACAUAGUGGUCGUCCAUCGCAUCGCCUCCGUCGCGUCCGAUCUGUCGGAUCGAGAAUUCAUCUCCGUGGCUUUUCGCUUUCGGGACGGAGACAAUUACUUUAUCGGGAUCAAGUCCAUAACGGUCCAGACCGAGGCUGCUGAGAACUGUAUCCGCGGUGAGGAAUGUCAAGGAUGGAUGUUCGUGGGCGAUGAGAACGAGACGCCGCAGUGGAAGGCUCAUUUCCUCGGCUACUAUGAUGUCAAGGGCGAGAAGGACGACAAGGUGCUGAACCAGUUGGCGAACGAGUCAAUGUUUGGUAUGUUGCGAUGGGAAAGUGAGGCCAUGCAUCCAUUGAGCGCGUAA